AUGUCUUUGAAGGUCCCAAAGGCGAACAACCUGCAGCUUUUUAAAGAGGGCUACAAGCACCUCCAAGGACUCGAAGAUGCCGUGUUGCGCAACAUCCAGGCCGUAUCGGAGCUCUCUGAUCUUGUCCGGACGAGCUUUGGCCCCAAUGGCAGGAAUAAGCUCGUCGUGAACCAUCUUGGCCGGUUGUUCGUGACGUCCGACGCGGCGACCAUCAUCCGCGAGAUCGAGGUCGUGCACCCAGCGGCGAAGCUGCUCGUCAUGGCGUCCCAAGCACAAGAGUCGGAGAUGGGCGAUUCGACGAACAUGGUCCUCAUCUUCGCAGGCGAACUCCUCAAAAAGUCCGAGCACCUGCUCGUAAUGGGCCUGCACCCGAGCGAGAUCAUCAAGGGCUACGAACUCGCGUGUGUCAAAGCAGUCGCAGAACUCGAGAAUCUCUCAAAAACAUCGCUACCAAGUCCUCUCACGCAAGCCGAGCUCGCCGCGGCGCUGAAGCCCGCGAUCGCGUCAAAACAGUACGGGUACGAGGACACGCUCGCGUCUCUUGUCGCAGAGGCCGCAUUGGCGGUCAUGCCGCCCAACCCGAAGAACUUCAAUGUUGACAACGUGCGCGUGGUGAAGAUCAUGGGUGGCAGUCUCGCCGGGAGCAGAGUCGUCCGGGGCAUGGUGUUCGGCCGGGAGCCAGAAGGGAUGAUCAAAAAAACGAAGCAGGCCAAGGUUGCGAUCUUCACGUGCGGCCUCGACAUCGCACAGACCGAGACGAAAGGCACCGUGCUGCUGAAAAACGCGGACGAGAUGCUCAACUUCACGCGCGGAGAAGAGCAGCAGCUAGAGAAGAUCUUUGAUGAGAUCGCAGCAUCGGGCGUGAAGGUCAUCAUAGCAGGAUCGACGGUCGGCGAGCUGGCAUUGCACUACCUGAAUAGGCUCAACAUCGCUGUGCUAAAAGUACUGUCGAAGUUCGAGCUGCGCCGGCUGUGCCGCGUCGUCAACGCGACGCCGCUCGCGCGCAUGGGCGCGCCGACGGCCGAGGAAGCGGGCUACGUCGAUGUCUUCGAGUGCAUCGAGAUCGGCGGGGACCGCGUGACGGUGCUGCGGCAGCUCGUGGAGGGCGAGCCCGAGUUCGACGCGUCGUUAGGCGAGCGCACACGUACGGCGACGAUCGUGCUGCGCGGCGCGACGACGAACCGCCUGGACGACCUCGAGCGCGCGGUGGACGACGGCGUGAACGUGAUCAAGGCGCUGCUCAAGGACGCGCGGCUCGUGCCCGGGGCGGGCGCGACGGAGCUCGAGCUCGCGCGGCGCGUGGAGACGUACGGCGCGGGCCUGAAGGGCCUCGCGCAGCACGGGGUGCGCCGGUGGGCGAGCGCGCUGGAGGUCGUGCCGAAGACGAUUGCGGAGAAUGCGCUGGGCGGCGCGGAGGGGAACGAGAUCGUGAGCCGGCUGUGGGCGAAGCACGAGGGGCCCGGCGGGGAGUCGUGGGGCGUGGACGUCGAGGCGGAGACGGACGGGACGCUGGACGCUUCCGAGCGCGGAAUCAACGACCCGCUCGCGGCGAAAUCGUGGGCCCUCCGGCUGGCGACCGAGGCGGCGGUGUCGGUGCUGAGCGUGGACAGUAUCAUCAUGAGCAAGCCUGCGGGUGGGCCGAAGAUCCCACAGCAGGCAGGGAACUGGGACGAGGACGACUGAUUACAUGUAUCAUAGACACUGAAGUAGAAACAUUAAUUGCGCUGUACAAUUGCAUCUCUCUUUACUGCUUC